CGGUCUCAGUUUUAGAUUGGUUUCCGUCCGAUUCGGUCGCUAAAUUCUGUUCAUUCAGUAUUGUUUUGUAUUUUUUUUAUUCGGAAAAAUUUAGGUGUCAAUGACAAGAUCCCAGAGAAAAUUCGCGAUAACCGACAAGUUUUUGCCAAGGCUCGCUAAAAACCUGUGCACCAGAAAAGGAAGCCGUCGGGCUAACACCGGGAACCGUCUGGAACACGCGGUCCUCACCCACAUCCAGCACGUGCCGUAGACUCCCACACCCGCAGCGCACCCAUCUCAUCACCAUCAUCCCAAAAGCCCCAGCUGACAACCAUGGCCCGCGGUGAUGAAUGCAAGACAGCCACUAAGGCUACUUACGCCUGCAAGCAAUUCGACGUCUCUGCUCCAGCUCCCAUCAAAAAACAAGUAAUAUCUCAAAUAAAGCCGGUUCAGCCACCCAAAAAGCCGGAGCAGAAGAACUACGGCGCCUGGGGCUCCACCUUCAAAGACAAGAAAACAUUCCUGGACAUGCAUUUCUGCUGAUUCUCCACCACACCGCUUCCUUAUCAUAUAAACGUCACCAACACAAAAUUAACUUUAGAAUUUAAUUCGCCAAAUAAUAAAUGUAUAAAUAUAUAAAUUACUAAUUUUUGGAAACAUGUUUGUGUCGUUUAAGCUUACUCUUAAUUUUUCUGGGUGGAUUGCGCUAUUUUUAUCGAUGGGAAAAUUGGAGUCAUUUUGACAUGUUUUGAUUCGCUGUGUACCUUACGUGACCACACGUUCCUCUUUGCGCGGGACAGUCCCGCUUUCAGGCUUUGUGUCCCGCUGUCUCGCAACACAAAACGUCGCGCCUUCUUAAAAAGUCGUGAAUGCCAAAGAGAUCUUAUUUUGAUCAUAAAACAUUAUGAACAAGUGAUAAAGUCAGCAUUAAAAGUAAAUUGCUAGAACGUAUAUUUUUAAAUCGAAACUGAUUUAAAAGCGACCAAUUAAAAAAAUAAAUUAAAUACUUAUUAUUAGUAGCUUAGCUAACAUGUAAAACGACCUUUUACAACAAACCUCUUUUCGUUUUUGAAUAAAAACUAGUAAUUAUAGGUACCUACCGAAUAUAUUUUGGUAACAAAGUCUGGCAGACGUGCCCCAAUGGCGAUACAAUUUUGGUCACGUUAUUUUAAACCUACCUAACGCCUUUGCAAAGCUAUGGGAUGUCAAUUUGACUGAUAAUCAAAUGGAGAUAAUUACUACAAAAAGUAUUUACGCGUAAUAUUUUUAAUUCAAAAUUGUUUUGGCUGAAAUACUAAUAUUUUGAUAUAAGAUAUAACGUUUCGAGUUAAAUUAAAUGAAAAUAUAUAAAAAAGUGCGAUUCACCUUAAUUUUCUAAUGGUGUAGGGUAUUCUCGCAUAUAAUCACAGUCAUGUAUCAUUUUAAUUAAAGUUUCAUCAUUCGCAUUAGUUUUUGUGUUACAACCUGAUGAUUUUGGACUGAGACUAAAAAUGUUGAUUGGUAGCAAGUGAAUAAAAAACGAUAGAAUUUAAUUAUUUAUUUA